AGAGGGGCGUCGCUGACCCGAGCGCUUUAACUGGUCAGUGAGCGGAGAUAAAGCCGACGCUCUGGACGGCGGAGGCAGUGCAGAGAUGAAGGCCGUGUGUGCAGUGCUGUGUUUGGGUUUGCUCUCAGUCUGCAGAGCUGCUCCUCUCACCUGUGACCAGCUCCUCACGACACAAGACCAGGAGCUCGAUUUUGCAGGGAGAUGGUAUUUGCACGCCAUGUCCACAGAUUCAUGUGCGUUUUCACAUUUAAUGCACACUCUCAUGAAGCCCAGUAUCAUGGUGGACGCCGUUCGUUCUGAGACUGCUCAGACUUUUGAAGUGGUUACUACAUUUAAAAUACAGUCAUUUUGUAUGAAUGACACGGAAGCGUAUUCAUUUGAUAAGACCUCACUGACUUACACGAGUUUCCCUCACAAGUAUCACUUACUGCCCAGCAGCUGCUCGGACUGUACUGUCCUGAAGACUGAAGGACUCACCAAAAUCAUUUUACUCUACAGUCGGAAGCCGAGCGUCGACGCUGCCGACCUCAAGGAGUUUGAGACACAAGCUUCAUGUCUGGGUUUACCACAGCCUAAACAGUUUGACAACGACUACGAGAUGUCAAACUGUAAGGACAUAGAGGAAGACGAGCCCACGUCAGAAGAAGGUGACGUUUUCAUCAAAAGAGCCGAGGACUUUCUGCGAGAGCUGAUCCAGUGCUUCGUCCGCUACGUUUACUCUUUGAUUAAACCAGGUGGCUCUGAGGUUGAAGCGUGACCUUUGACCCCAACACGUUUCUCCCGUGGGAAACAAUAAAGGAUUAACGCAUCGUAUUGUGUCUUGUUUUUCUACUCAUAUCCAAACAUUUCUUUUUAAAUAAAGGCACAGUGUAAGAAACUCAAACAGAAAUGAAACAAAAACAACUCAUUUUGCACAUUUUCGACUUAUAUAAAAAGUGCCAGUUAAAUAAAAAUAAAAUAAAAAUACAUUCUG